UGGGCACCCACCCAGCUGCCCUCGAGCGGACGGGGAGAGCCCUUCCCGGGAAGUGAGCGGAGCAGGCUGUGCGGAGGCUUCGGGUAGAUUUUUUCCUUAAUGCAAGCCACGGAAAACGUGUCUUCUGGAAUGGGCUGGCGAGCCACUCCUGUACAUCUCUGCGCGGCACAGGAGUGAAGGGUGAUGUCGCUGCUGUCCCUGUUCCCUCUUGUGGUCUGCUUGACUGAUUUGAGUCUCGCGGCACACUGUCAGUCUCAUUAUGCUGAAGAGGAAUUACGUGUUCGAGGAUAUUCACCUCGCUUAGAAGAAACUAUGUUUCAUGAAAUGUAGACUGCGUCAGUUUUCCUCCGAGUGCAAGAAAAGUCUUCAGGGACAUUAUCUGAGAGGUGGGAGAUAAAUUGUUACUCUCCAACUGUGGCUUGAGGACCACCUGCAUCCAAGUUACCUGCUGAGAUUAAAAUUCAGAACUCCCCACCUCACUCACUAAUUAAGUGAAUCGCAGCCACCAGGAGUGGAGUUGAGAGUCUGCGAACUGCUGAAAUUUGACUGAAAUUUGACAACCGUUGCACUAGAGCAUCAGCUUCAAUACAGUAUCAACAGGUUAACUUGGCACAAUGGGAAUACACGGGUUACUGCAGUUUAUCAAAGAAGCUUCCGAACCCAUCCACGUGAGGAAGUAUAAAGGGCAGGCAGUCGCCGUGGACACGUACUGCUGGCUUCACAAAGGAGCCAUUCCAUGUGCCGAAAAGCUGGCCAAAGGUGAACCUACCGAUAAGUAUGUAGGAUUUUGUAUGAAAUUUGUAAAUAUGUUACUGUGUCAUGGGAUCAAGCCCAUCCUUGUAUUUGAUGGAUGCACUUUACCUUCUAAGAAAGAAGUGGAGGUGUCCAGAAGAGAAAGACGACAAGCCAACCUUCUUAAGGGAAAGCAGCUUCUCCGAGAGGGGAAGGUCUCGGAGGCCAGAGAGUGUUUCACCCGCUGCGUCAACAUCACACACGCGAUGGCCCACAAAGUGAUUAAAGCUGCUCGGGCCCAGGGCGUCGACUGCCUCGUGGCGCCGUAUGAAGCGGACGCGCAGCUGGCCUAUCUCAACAAAGCCGGCAUUGUCCAAGCCAUAAUUACGGAGGACUCGGACCUGCUCGCGUUCGGCUGCAAAAAGGUGAUUUUAAAGAUGGACCAGGUAGGAAACGGACUGGAAAUCGACCAGGCCCGGCUGGGCAUGUGCAGACAGCUGGGCGGGGUGUUCACAGAGGAGAAGUUCCGCUACAUGUGCAUCCUGUCGGGCUGCGACUACCUCUCCUCGCUGCGUGGGAUUGGGCUGGCCAAGGCCUGCCGAGUGCUGCGGCUGGCCAACAACCCGGACAUUGUGAAGGUUAUCAAGAAAAUCGGAUAUUAUCUCAAGAUGAAUAUAACAGUACCAGAAGAUUACAUCAAAGGAUUUAUUCGGGCCAACAACACCUUCCUCUAUCAGCUAGUUUUCGAUCCUAUCAGAAGAAAACUCAUCCCUCUGAACGACUAUGGAGAUGACAUUGACCCUGGAACCCUAAGCUAUGCUGGGCGGUAUAUUGAUGAUUCUAUAGCUCUUCAGAUAGCACUUGGAAACAAAGAUAUAAAUACUUUUGAACAGAUUGAUGACUACAAUCCAGACACUGCUAUGCCUGCCCAAGCAAGAAGCCGUAGCUGGGACGACAGAACGUGUCAGAAGCCAUCCAACACCGGAAGCAUCUGGCACAGGAAUUACUGCCCCCGACUGGAGCCGGAUGUUGUUCCAGACGCUGCAAGACCGAAGGGAAACCCAGGCACUGUGGGCAUCGAACAGGUGAUCAGCACCAAAGGCUUAAAUCUCCCCAGGAAGCCGUCCUCUGUGAAGAGACCAAGAGGUGAGGGGCUGUCGGAGGACGAUCUGCUGGGUCAGUAUUCCCCUUCGUUUCCGAAGAAGACCAAGAGAAACAGCUGCGACAGUGGUAAGCCACUGAACUCGUCCAGAGUGUGCAUGCCCGACCUGCUGGACGCAACUGCUGUUAAGAAGAGCUUAAGUGCACCACCCACGGCCAGGAAUAAGUUCGCAGCGUUUUUACAGAGAAAAAAUGAGGAGAGCGGCGCAGUCGUGGUUCCAGGGACCAGAAGCAGGUUUUUUUGUAAUUCUCUGGAUUCUAUGGACUGUCUGUCAAAGAAAGCAAGCAGCCAGCCUCUAGGUGAAACUGCUGUCGCAGACAAAAAGACCAGUCUAAGGGAAUCGGAUUGUCUGGAGGGCACGAAACUGGGUGAUCUAAGUGAAUCAGAUAGUCUGGAGGGCAAGAAGCUGGGUGAUCUAAAUGAAUCAGAUUGUCUGGAGGGAAAAAAGCUGGGUGAUCUAAAUGAAUCGGGUAGUCCGGAGGACAAGAAGCUGGUCAAUCUAAAUGAAUCGGAUAGUCUGGAGGACAAGAAGCUGGGUGAUCUAAGUGAAUCAGAUUGUCUCGAGGGCAAGAAGCUGGGUGAUCUAAAUGAAUCCAGUUGUCUGGAGGGCACGAAGCUGGGUGAUAGGAAUGUUGCACAUAACUCAAAUGAUCAGACUCCAGGUAAUGUGACUGUGGUUGCUGAUGAAGAGUCUCAGUACUUUAAGACCAACAAAUUCACAAGGACCAUUUCACCACCCACCCUGGGGACACUAAGAAGUUGUUUUAGUUGGUCUGGAAGUCUUAGAGAUUUUGCGAGAACCCCGAGCCCCUCUCCAAGCACCAUGUCGCAACGGUUCCAGAGAAAGGAUGGCUCCCCCGGCUCCCAGCCUGAGCCCAAGACGCCCGAUGUGUCAUCUCAGGUGAAGAGCGGCGAGUCGGGGGGUGACGCGCAUCCCUCGCGGGACGUCGGGCGGCUGUCACAGUCCCCGGAGAGUGUGGAGUUGUCACCGCUCAGCCUGAGUGCAUCGGAACUUUCUCAGCCUUCGAGUAAGGACUUCGAUUCAGAGGUUCCCGGGCUGUAUAAAUCCAGCUCUCUGGACAGUCUUUCUACAACCAAGAUCAAACCUCUGGCACCCGCCAGAGCCAGUGGGCUGAGCAGGAAGCCAGCCAGCAUCCAGAAGAGGAAGCACCACAAUGCGGAGAACAGGCCUGGAUUACAGAUAAAAAUCAACGAGCUCUGGAAGAACUUCGGAUUUAAAAAGGAUUCUGAAAAGCUUCCUUCAUGUAAGAAGCCAGAUCCUCUGUCUCCAGUCAAGGAUAAUAUCCAGCUAACUCCGGAAACAGAAGAAGAAAUAUUUAACAAACCGGAGGGCACGCGCGUUCAGAGAGCAAUAUUCCAGUGAGCACGGGCAGCUGCGAGGCUACCGCCUACGAGAGACUGUCUGUCGACUUGAAGUCCUGCUCGAAAGCGAGGCAGCCACCAGUCUGAAAGAUGUGCUCUUAGAGUCACACCGUUUUUGUAAUAGAAUACGUUUUGUACAUGAACUACGUGUUUCUUUUUUGUUCAGCUUUUUAUAUUUUCAUAAGAAGCUAAUGAGAAAAUACUUGAUCUUUGACAAUUUUUGGAAGUUUUAAUAUUAAAUGGGCAAGUCCACUGGAA